AUGGAGAAGGAGUCUCCUUUUGGACUAUCCCAUAUUUGUGUCCUUUUGACUGCACUGAUGGCGAUUCUACCUCUCUCCCAGGGAAACUGGAUGUGGCUAGGUGUUACAUCUUUUGGGGUACCAGAGAAACUUGGUUGCACCAACCUGCCGCUCAGCUUUCACCAAAAGGAAAUGUGCAGGAAGAAACCGUACUUGUUGUCCAGCAUAAGGGAGGGAGCCCGACUUGGAAUACAUGAGUGUAGAAACCAGUUCAAGCACGAAAGGUGGAACUGUUCGGUUUCACCCACCAUUUCCUCUGCAAGUUCAUCAUUUUCCUUAUCUUUCAUAACUUCAUCAUUAGCAUCAGCUCAUACAAUUUUUGGCUACGAGCUAAGCAGUGGCACCAAGGAAACAGCAUUUAUAUCGGCUGUGACAGCAGCAGGACUUGUGCAUUCUGUAACGAGAGCAUGUAGCGCUGGAAAUAUGACUGAAUGCUCCUGUGACACCAGCCUGCAGAAUGGGGGAUCAGCUAGUGAAGGAUGGCACUGGGGGGGCUGCUCUGAUGAUUUACAGUACGGAAUGUGGUUCAGCAGAAAAUUUCUGGAUGCCCCAUAUAAAAACUCAAGUGGAAGAGACUCUGAUGUACUAAAUGCAAUGCACUUACAUAAUAAUGAGGCUGGCAGACAGGCUGUCACUAAACUGAUGACUGUGGACUGUCGUUGUCAUGGAGUUUCUGGGUCAUGUGCUGUGAAAACUUGUUGGAAAUCCAUGUCUUCAUUUGAAAAGAUUGGCAAUUUUCUUAAAAACAAAUAUGAAAACAGCAUACAGAUAGCAGACAGACUAAAAAGGAAGGUACGCCGCAGAGAAAAGAAUGACCGUAAGAUACCCAUAUAUAAAGGGGAUCUUGUUUAUACUAACAAGUCUCCAAAUUACUGCGUAGAGGACCCAAAACUCGGCAUAUCUGGAACACACGGGAGGGAAUGUAAUCGCACUUCUGAAGGAUCCGAUAGCUGUAAUCUACUCUGCUGCGGCCGUGGGUACAAUACACACGUAGUAAGACAUGUGGAGAGAUGCGAGUGCAAAUUUGUGUGGUGCUGCUAUGUACGUUGCAGAAGGUGCGAGAGCAUGACUGAUGUACAUACCUGCAAGUAA